AUGACCUAUCCACUUACACCGUCUAUUUUACCCUCUUCUCCCAACCCACUCUCACCGUUUACUUCUCCCCCACCGAUUCCAAUUCAAUAUCGAGCUUCUGCCCCUAUCACCGCCAUCGAUUGGUGGAGCCUACAUGACAUCGUUCAAUACUAUCACACCCCAACGACUACUUCUCAACCUCCUUUGAUUCUCCAAUGGAAUGCUUACAUAGCUUUUUCAUCGACAUCUUUGACAAGGCGAUCACUAUACCACUAUUCGUCCUUCAUGGGUAGAGGAAUCGAGCUUAUGGUUGGUAUCUCAAAUGAUCUAUUGGCCACCCUCAGCUCCUCCACGAUGGCCGCUGAUUUGUGGGUUUCCCAGAAUGUUUACAGAUACAUGAUUUGA